UUAUUUAGAGCUGAAAUAGUGGUGUUUCCGUCCCAAGAGCCAAAAUGGUGGCAAAAUCAAUAACAGGAAAUCUACUACUACAGCAGUCAGAGAUGAAAGACCCCCUUUCACUUUCUGCAUUUUUGUUUCUAUUCAACGGAGAAGAUGUGCUUUGAUAUCAUAUAUUGUGGAAAUAUAUGGCCUUUUAAAUAGCAUAGCAAAGAACUUUUUGUCAUGUUUCUAGCGUGAUGUCGAUUGAGGGAACGAGCUGAAUAAAAAAAAUGUUGUCUGGUGACAAUGAGGGUGGAUUUGUUUGAGGUUCGUCUGAACAACUCCAAUUUCAUCUACAUUGCUGGUCAGACAGUUACAGGAAGUGUGGUUAUUAGGCUCUCGAAGGCCACCUGGAUUGAUACGAUCAACAUCAAAUUUUGUGGUCGUGCGAAGUCAAGAUGGGAUGUGUCUUAUGGAGACAGUUCGAAACGCUACCAGGCAGACGAGGUGUACAUCGAUAGUGAAUACUGCCUCUAUCAAAGCGAAAACCGUGUGGACAAGCAUCCAAUCGGCACCCAUGUGUACCCGUUUGACUUCAUGCUCCCGCCAGACGUUCCUUCAUCCUUUGAAGGUCGCCGUGGUUAUGUCAACUAUGAGUGUCUGGUCACCAUGGACCUGGGCUGGAAGGGCAUGAUGGAGCGGGAGCAGCAGCUGACUGUCAUCCGCCACCUGGACCUGGCCACCCUACCACAUGCUGCAAUGCCCCAGAACCUGCAAGAAGAAGAAAUGUACGAAGGCUGUUGCUGUGACUCUGGUACCGUCUCAGCAACCCUACGGCUGCAGAAGAGUGGAUUUGUACCUGGCGAGCCAAUGCAGUAUGACAUACGCGUCAAUAAUCAAGCAACAUCCACCAUCUAUGGAGUCUCUUUAUUCCUCGUUCAGCUGGUCCAGUACACUGGCUUUAGUGACAGCGUAUUUUCUUCUGGAAACCCGAAGUACCACAACAAAGUCAACGAGUGGGAUCUAUUCCAUUCAGAUGACAAAAUCGGAGCAGGCAAAGCAGCGAUUUUCCGUAGCCACUGCAUCAUCCCUGCGGUGGCGCCGUCACUGCUUGAAGGUUGUAACAUCAUCGACAUCACUUAUGAGAUACAUCUGAAAGUUCCAGUGGGCUGGCGGACAAUUCACAUCAACUGUGGAGUUUUCAUCGGCACCGUACCUCUAAGACUCCCAGAACCCACUGGGCCGUCCGAUGUAGAUACUAACCAUUCUUCCUUUGAUCUUGACAUUUCUUCAUCUCCACCUGUGAGACCACAGUUUGAACUUCCUCCGUCCUACGAGGAAUGCGUUUUUGGUCGCAUGGAGUCUCAGGAGGGUACAGAGGAGGAUGAUAUUGAUGAGGGAGGUCGUGCCAAUGUGGACUCUGGUGGGGGUCCCUCCACAGCCGCCAGCCGUCGCAGUCGCUUCCAUCGACUGCCCAGCUACCCUUACUACAACAGCGAGCACUUCACUGACACCGGUGCCUACAUCACAGCCCCUCCUCCCCCACACGGCAAUGAGACUCCAGUGGCCUUUGUCCACAGCAGUGGUCAGACUAAUACGUACCCCCUGCCUCCCCCUUCACCUCCCCAAUCUCCGCCCCCACCGGCCCUCCCCACAGGCUACAGCCCAUUGUCCCAGAGUGAGGGGGAGGCUCUCUCAUCACUGCCACCCCCGCCCAGCUACGAGUCUCUACACCAGUGAACGAGUUACCUCACUGUCUCUUCUCCAGUGGCCAAACUCAUGAGUCAUCCUGCUGUCUCUACUUCUUGGAUCAAUCAAUGAUUUGUCUCAUUCUUUCUUCUUUAUUGAUCAAAGAAUGAGUCAUCUCACUGUGUCUUCUCCACUGACCAAUGACUGAGGUAUCUCACUGUCUGUACUCCACUGACCAAUGACUGAGGUAUCUCACUGUCUGUACUCUACUGACCAAUGACUGAGGUAUGUCACUGUCUGUACUCUACUGACCAAUGACUGAGGUAUCUCACUGUCUGCACUCCACUGACCAAUGACUGAGGUAUCUCACUGUCUGUACUCAACUGACCAAUGACUGAGGUAUCUCACUGUCUGUACUCUACUGACCAAUGACUGAGGUAUCUCACUGUCUGUACUCUACUGACCAAUGACUGAGGUAUCUCACUGUCUGUACUCUACUGACCAAUGACUGAGUUAUUUCACUGUCUGUACUCUACUAACCAGUAAAUGAAUUAUUAUCUCACUGUCUCUUCUUCAUCGACCUAUGGCUGGGUUUUCUGACUGUCUCUUCUUCACUGAUCAAUGAAUGAGUUAUCUCACUGUCUGUACUCUACUGUUCAAUGACUGAGUUAUCUCACUAUCUCUUUUCCUUUGACCAAUGACUGAGUUAUCUCUGUCUCUAUACCGAUGACUAAGUUAUCUUGCUGUCUUUAUAUCACUGAAUGCCGAGUUAUCCAACUGUCUCUUCUUCACUGAACAAUGAAUGAGUUAUCUCACUGUCUCUUCCUCACUGACCAAUGACUGAGUUAUCCAACCUUCCCUUCUUCACUGACCAAUGAAUGAGUUAUCUCACUGUCUCUUCCUCACUGACCAAUGACUGAGUUAUCCAACCUUCCCUUCUUCACUGACCAAUGAAUGAGUUAUCCAACCUUCCCUUCCUCACUGAAGAAUGAUUGAGUUAUCUCAGUCCCUAUACCGAUGACUGAGCUAUCUUGCUGUCUUUAUACCACUGAAUGCUGGGUCUACACCAUUUAGUGAUUUAUCUUGCUGUCUCUUCACCACUGAGUAAGCCUGUGUAAACCUUUGCAGUUUUUUUUACACUAAAUGCAAAAGGAAUUGAAGGAUAUGAAAUUACGUUUACUUGUGGUUUGCCGUAAUUGGAAUGCUGCUGCUACCUCUACUGGAGAGAGUGUGCAGAUUUUUUUGAGUAUGGUAUGGGUUGUUGUCAAGGCGCUUGGAAAUCCCUCUCCUGUCCCCGUUGAAAACUAUUGAAUUUUGAAUCCAAACAGAGGUGCUAUCCCCACAAAGUCAACAAUUUUACAUUGACUAAUACAAGUUUUUGUUCCUGAAGUGUACAGGAAAGUAUUUACUGGAAGCAGAUGCAAUAAGUGAUAGGGUGAAAGUGGUUGCUAAGUCAGUUAUAUUUGAUGUCUUGGAGGUCUUAUUGUGCCACUAUGAUUGACAUUUGAAGAUGAAAUUGAGAUCUAGUGCCAGAAGUUUUUCAUGAUUUUAAGCUUAAAAUUCCUUUUUGUUGAUUUCCAGAACUUUUAGAAUGCUGCGUGGCUAUGACUCCUGAAUAACUUUUAAGUUUACAAAUUAAGUGUAUUGGCCAUAGCGUGAUUGUAGUGUAAAAAAACCCUAGUGUUUGUAUUUACAAAGUGUGUGUCUUGACCUGGUCUGUUUAAAACAAAAAGUGUCUUGACAUGGUGGAAUCAGGUGCUUGUCAAUUUUUGGGCAAAUGGAGUUAU